CUUUCAUCUUUCGGGUUCUUUUUGCAUUAGAAAUUUCACUCAAUUGUUACACUUCCCAACAAAAUUCAGAAAUUAAAAUUAUAAAAGUAUUCUUAUAGCCAUGAAAGUACCGAAAAUUCCCGUCUGGGUUUCCGCUCUCUCCUUGAACCAGGCAGUCCAUUCCGUCCUGGAGGAUGUGGACCAGAUCAUGUCCGUCAUCCCAGGUGUCCACCUCAUCCAGUUCCGCAACUGCACUGUGCUUCUGCCCAUCCGGGUGAAGGUCCAGUUGCAGGACUCCACAGUAAAGAAUUUGUUCUUUCUACUGAAGGCGCAACAUGGCAGCGACCUGCAGGCCAUGGUGAUGAACCAGCUGAAGAUGUUCCAAAGGGAGCAACAGGUUUACCACAAUGUCCUGCCCAAGUUCGAGGCACUCUACAAGGAGGUGGGCAAGGAGGUGUCCUUUGGUCCGAGGGCAUUUAAGCUGGACUACAACAUCGGUGUUCAGUACGUGCUGCUGGAGGAUCUCAAGUCCAAACAUUACAAAAACGUUGAACGGCAGGAUGGCUUCAACAAAUUGUGCCUGAAGCAGGUGCUCAAGAAACUGGCCCAGUUCCAUGCCGCCUCCGUCGUGUGUGUGGAAAAGCAUGGUGCUUUCAGCAAACUACUUGCCAACGGAGUCUACACAAAGGCCAACCAAUCAAUCCUGCAGGAUCUGAACGAUCCGGAGACCUUUCUCUCCCAGCUGCGUCGCUGGCGUUUGGGCGAUCAUUUCCACAAACGGUUCGUGGAAAAGGAGAAGGACCUCGUCGAUGGGCUGUUGAAGCUCCAUGCCACCGACUCCAAUGAAUUUAAUGUCCUGAAUCACUGCGACUGCUGGGUGAACAACGUGAUGUUCAAGUUUGACGACACCGGCCAUGUGGAGGACACCGCCCUGCUCGAUUUCCAGUUGGUCAAAUAUGGAUCUCCUGCCCUUGAUCUGUACUACACCAUCCUGUCGUCGGCUGAAAAGGACGUAAAACUAGCCCAGUUUGACAAUAUGGUUCAGUACUACUUUUACCAUUUGCUGGAAAACCUCAGAGCCCUGAAAUUCCAAGGCAGUCUGCCGCAGCUGCAGCAUAUUCGCGAUGCCCUCAACAAAAACGGACUGGCUGCCUAUGUGGUGGUCACUCGGGCGCUGCCCAUAACGAUGAUGAAUCAGUUUGAGGACGAGGUAAACGAACGAUAUGCCUCCAAAAUGAAGUGCGCCAUGUUCACCAGCCGGAAAUACAUCCAGGCGAUGAAGGAUAUCCUGCCCUGGAUGGAGGAGCGCUCCCUGCUCAAUUAG